UCAUUGUUCUUCUCCAUUCGCCCCUACCCCAUCCUCCCCCUCAUUCUCAUUUUCUCUAGAAAUUAUAAAGCUGUGUUGGGGAAGGAGGAGGAGGGAAAAUAACCAAAAAAAUAAAAUAAAAUAAAAAUAGAAGAAUAAAAGGAAAGAAAGACAGGGGAGGGGUGUGUUUCAUAUUUUGAUGGUCCAAGAUUGAAUCUUGUAUGCUACCAACGCAACAACGUUAACACCACCACCAUCCACACUAACGUCACAACAAUAUGGCUGUCACCACUGAAAAGAAGCACUGGUGGCUCACCAACCGAAGGAUUGUUGAGAAAUACAUAAAGGACGCUCGUAGCCUCAUUGCAACGCAAGAGGAGAGCGAGAUCAUUUCCGCUCUGAGUUUGUUGGACGCCGCUCUAGCCUUAUCUCCAAGACUAGAGCAAGCGCUGGAACUCAGAGCGAGGUGUCUACUUUUCUUACGGAGGUUCAAAGACGUAGCAGAUAUGCUUCAGGAUUACAUCCCAAGCCUCAGAAUUUCCGACGAAGAUUCUUCUUCUUCUUCUUCUGAUAGCGGUUUCUCUUCGCAGAGUCUUUCAAGAGAAGGCGUGAAGCUUCUUUCUUCUUCGUCCUUUUCUUCUUCAUCUGAUUCUUCUUCUUGUUCUUUUUCUCCUUCACCUGGUAGAGAUCAGAGCUUCACGUGCUUCUCUGUUUCGCACUUGAAGAAGAAGCUCAUGGCUGCGAUCUGUAAGAGUUGUGAGAAGGAAGGGCAUUGGAGAUACUUAGUACUUGGCAAAGCAUGCUACCACUUAGGCCUAAUGGAAGAUGCAAUGAUUCUCCUCCAAACCGGCAAGCGCCUAGCUACGGCCGCCUUCCGCCGCGAAAGCAUCUGCUGGUCUGACGACAGCUUCUCCCUCUCCCUCUCCACCGCCGCCGCAGCACCACCGUCCACCCCUCUCACCGAAUCGGAGUCCAUAACCCAGCUCCUGUCCCACAUCAAGCUCCUCCUCCGUCGUCGGGCCGCAGCACUGGCCGCCCUUGACGCCGGGGUCCACACGGAGGCCAUCCGCCACUUCUCGAAGAUCAUCGAGUCUCGGCGCGGUGUGACGCCACAGGGCUUCCUCUCGCAGUGCUACGCGCAUCGUGCCUCCGCCCAGCGGCACGCAUGGCGAAUAGCGGACGCAAUCGCGGACUGUAACCGCGCGCUGGCGCUGGAAGCGACGAGCAUCGAAGCACUCCACACACGCGCGUCGGUGCUUGAAAUGAUUAAGUGCCUUCCUGAUUCUCUGCAUGACCUUGAACACCUAAAGCUUCUCUACAACUCCAUUCUUCGUGACCGCAAGCUCCCUGGACCCGCCUGGAAGCACCACAAUGUUAGGUACGUAGAGAUCCCAGGGAGACUCUGCACUCUGAGCACCAAGAUCAAAGAACUCAAGCAGAGAAUGGCAAAUGGCGAAACAGGAAACAAUGUUGAUUACUACGCUUUGAUUGGUUUGAGGCGUGGGUGUUCUCGGUCAGAGCUUCAGAGGGCACAUCUUUUGCUCUGUUUGAAGCAUAAGCAUGAGAAGGCUCUGAGUUUCAUUGAUCGUUGUGAGCUUGCGGACAAACGAGACAUUGAAAAUGUUAAGGAAAGGGCCAAAAUGUCUGCAACGUUAUUGUACAGGUUGAUUCAGAAGGGUUAUGCUGAAAUUAUGGCGAAUAUCACAAAAGAGGAAGCUUUGAAAGAACAGAAGAAGAGGGCUUUGCAUGAUGAUAAUAGUAAUGAAGAUAGUAAUGAGAGUGUGUUGUUUUGUUCAUCUGCUUCGACUACAAAUCCUUCGUUGGUUCAAGGAAUGUUUUGUAGAGACCUAUCUAUAGUUGGGAACUUGCUUUCUCAAGCUGGGUUUAACCCUUCUAUUCCCAUGAAGUAUGAGGCUUUGAGUUGCUAGCUAGUUCAAUCAUGGUUCGCACCAAAAGAUUAAAGAUGAGAAAAAUUUCAGAAACAAUAUCUGAUUUCAAUAACUUAACUAUCUUGUACAAAAGGGAUGAUAAAUUUGAAGAGUAUCACUGAAAAAUUUUGUAACCUUUUGUUUUGUUAUUUUAUAUUUAUAUAAGAUGUU